AUGCCUGAUUUCCAUCAGGUGCAGCUGCUAUGUGGUCUUGUGGUUUACAAAGUGGUGAAGGGCUUCUUUUACGACGACCACGAUGAGGACGACCAAAUCUCUGAUUUCAAUGCCCUCUUUUCCGUAGCACGAAGACUUGAGAAGCUUUAUGGUGGUAAGGCUUAUGUUGGGCUUCAAAUUCCUGAUGCUGACACUGCUACUCGACAAACUAUUGAUAUACUUCUCAUCACACAAUGGGUAAAGUUACCUUCAUGUGACCAGGAGAUUACGGAGUCUCUUACAGAAAUACAGGGUGAGACUGGUUACAAUAGACAGGAGGCCAUAAACACAAGACCCAACAUCUCUCCGAUCCUUCGGGCAAAGAAAGGAUCUGUGCGGAAGCAGCUUUGUGGGCAUUGCUGUUCAUAUCAUGAAGCAUAUUCCCAAAGGCUCUGUCCAUGUGAGGAUAUGCAACAGGGAGAUUUGUGGUUGCCAUUUGCUGCUGGUUGUUUGAUUAUUUGGAGAGUAGCAGAUGCAAAAAGGUUAGUUCCCAUUCUUGAAUCUUACCUCGAACAAAGGGGGGUUGCUCUUCCAGAAGGAUAUUUGUCUGCCAAAGUUAUAUGUCCAAACCCCAAUUUCAGUACCAUUCACUCGGUCUCUUUUCCUCCUGAGGUCGUAACAUAUGACCAAUGGAUGCAACUAACACCAAAAUAUAAGAACAAGCUUUCUGGUUGGGUUAAAGGUGCAUUUCGCGGCUGGAAGAAGGAAUUUCAGGAAUCAAUAUAUGAGAAGCUUAACUUCAUUCUCAGCACAGCUCCAACGUCAGAUAGGUUAGAGCUUAAAGGUAAUAAGUGUCUCCUUGGUGAGUUUCUGGAAUUCAAAGGAAACACAGAGGAUAUUCAAGCAAUGAGAAGUAUCAGGAAAUCAAAAGUUAGUAGACUAGAGAUCCAGGAAACGAGCAUGUUUGGUCUGGUUCAUUCGAAGCUCAUAGUCCUAUACUACCCUCGGGAUUAUCGUGCUGAAGGAGUAUCAACUUCUGAAUGGAAGAAAGUCACUGUUCAAUCUAGCACAGAAGUGAAAUUUCAAAUCCAAGGUUCAACUAAACCGAGCAAAUACCAGUUGUCCUCCGUCAUUUCCCUGUCACUGAGUGCUUGAGGUGGAUGCUGGAGUGGGAGAUACUCAUGAUUCUUAAGAUGGAGCAAUUGCUUUCGAUAACAGUAUAGACUGUAGUUUAUUUUUCUUUCCCAAGUUUUAUGCUGAUGUGCAUCCUAAGUCGACUGUGCAUGCCCAAACAAGGAUGGCGACUUGCAUAUUCUUUCAUGAGAGAUCAAUGUAUAUGGAACCUAACACCAAGGGGUCGUUUGGUACCGAAACAAGUUCUGCAGGGAUUAGUUAUACCGGAAUUAGUUAUACUGAAACUAGUUAUGCAGAUAUUAUUUUUUAUCAUGUGUUUGGUUCGCUGUACUAAAAAUGGAUAUACAAUGUAUAACUUGUGUUUGGCUUUAAAUGUACAAAAUAAUAGUUUACAAUUA